CAAGUGUUUUUUUUUCUGCUGAAAAAUGGCACCACCAGCCAAAAAGGCGAAAACCAUACCGAAUCGCACGUCCGGAAUUCACUGUGGACUUCGGGGCAACGAGUACCAGAUCUUCAUGACGAUGUACAUGCUCGUGCGAGCCCACAACAAGUAUCCUGCGCACCAGGAUUACGAGCUGCGUAUAGAACGUCCGGAACCGGAAGUGGGCAAGUUUGACGACAUUUGGCUCAAGGUGGGAAAUGAGGAGGUGUUUGUUCAGGUUAAGUACGACUCGGUUAGUCCAACGCUGACCGAAGGUAUGCUACAAUCGAAAGGAAAGGAUGAUCGCUUCUCACUUUACAAGUACAGUAAAUCGUUCAAAGAGUGCAGAAAACUAGCCGCACCUCAACGGGGAAAGCAAAUCUGGUGGAACGUGUUAAUGACGAAUCUUCCGCUGAGUGGGAAGGUAUCGGAUAUUUUUGAAAGUUUCGAUGUCGACUGUAUGCUGACUAAAGUGUUGGGAACAGGAGAUUUGGUGAAACUUAAAACUGGAAAAAUGCAAAAGGAGCUUGGUGCGUCGAAAGAGUUUUAUGAGGAUUUUUUACUUUCCGUGGGAAGUGAAACGCGUAAAACAAAUAAAUCCUGUUUUAAAAAACUUCAGAGGAUUAUACAGGAUGAAAUAGAGAGGGUGAUGUUCGAGGAUGCCGAGCAUACAAUUCACAGACUACGUGUUAAAGUAGUGAAAUGGGUUUGCAAUAAAAUUUGUAGGGACGAGAAACAUUUCAACAGGAAAUGGGUUGAUGAUUUUUUCAAAGACAUACAAAGUGAUUAUAAAUCGAUUAUAGAGGCCUAUCGGCUCGAGCUUAAGGAUAGAUUGGAAUUAUAUGAACAUGUGACUAUAGGGGAUAGAAGAGUUGAUAGAUUGAAGCAAUGCAUGCAAAACGAGAAGAUUAUUCUACUGUCGAUCGUAGAGUCGUCAAUACUGCGUUUGAAACAGAUUUACCAGAUUCUUAAGGAUGAAAAGUUCACGUAUUUAUUAUUCAGUAGAUUGCAAAAUAUUUCAACCAGAGAAAAGGUGCUAAAUGCAUUGAAACAAAAUGACUCAAGUAAAAUGUUUUGGUUAUUCUGCAUGAUCGGAAAGAUGCUAAAAACUUGUUUGAAUUUACACAGGAAAUUCACAACAUGUGCACCACGAUAAUCAUUAUAUCUGAAAUGACACGAGAUCUUUCAGACAAUUUCAACGCCAACAAUAUUUCCUUUGAGUUAGAUUCUGAAGAAAUCACAAUGGCUGAUUUCACUACUAGCACUAAGGACUAUCUAUCCAAAUCAACGGUUACAUUUCAAGGAAUUGAACAAACGAUUGAAGAGCUUCCAAAUGUGCCAGGAUUUGAAUCAAACAUAUCCGGAGCUUGUCUUGAAGCACUGAUCGAUGGAUAUCCGGUGAUAAUUGGUGCUAAAUUACCAAGUGUUGAGUCACGGUGUUCGUUCUAUGUAGGAAGAAGGUUUAGCUCGAUAAGCUCAAAUUACUAUUCGCAAUCCAAAUUGAGGGAAGAUGAUGAGGUUUGUUUCGUGGAAAACGUGCAUGAAAUUGAUACAAAUAACGAUUUACUUUAUGGUUUAGUUAUUAAAGAUGAAAACGAACUAAUCGACAUUGAAGCCCUUAUCGAUGGAUCCAGCAAAUUGAUUGUGUUUGUGGAGUAUUUUGAAGA